AUAAGAGAGCAUGUGAACAUGUUUAAACACCUUCAGUCUCUCCAACAACAUGAAGCUCCUCAUCCUGCUGUCUAUCUGCUCCAGCCUGGCACUGAAAGCCUGGACUCAGCCGAGUCCAUGUGUGUCGCCACCUUUUAUGACAGGGAAUGCAUACAUGCACACAGAGAUCGGUGGCAUCACAACUUCAGGCUCGUUUGAUUAUGAUGCACUGGGUCAGCAACUUCGCAUCAGAAGCUCAGGGUUCAGUCUUAAUGGGACGUUUUCUCUGGACCUGCUGAUGCAAUUCCAGCAGAAAGUGGCCUACGAAAUUGCCUCUUCAACACGCACCUGCAAGAAAGUGGCACUAGACGCUCCCUUCAACCCCAUCCAGAUUCCACCUGGUUCUUUUCCCGUGGCUCAGACAGUUCUGGGGACCGGCUCAGUGGCUGGAAUGGGGCUACUGGCCAACACAUGGUACGGAGAGAUUCCACAGAUACAGGCUACAUACACACUGGUCUUUUCUGAUAAUGCCUGUGUGCCACUGAGCGGAACAUACUCCUCUCCAGAAUCCGGAACAAUUAUUAUAAGUUUCUAUAACAUUUUGCUUGGUGUCCGGGACCCGAUGGACUUCAUUCCUCCUUACUUCUGUCAAUCUGAAGAACAGAAAAACCUAGAGGACCUGCCCAAGUCCAACUUCUUCAGGCUUGUGUCACCUGGCAAUAAAUAGUUUUAAAGAGCCCACAUUUAGGAAAUUUGACUUUUCCAUGCUAUUUUGCAAAUAAAGUUUUAUAUCUGCAUGUA